AUGGGACUCUCCUUUGUGCUUGCCUGCAGGACUCUCCGUGUCAGACAGCGACGGGGAUUCGGGAAUUUCAUAGGCCCCACCCCUUCUACUGGCUCCUCUGCAUUCCAAGACUCCACCCCCUCCCGAGUGUGCUUCCAGGACGAGUCCCCAGUGGAAGUGGAGUCCCGCUACCAGGAACGGCUGCUGCUGAGCAGGGGGGCGGGAGGGAAGGGCUGGGCAGCACCAGCGGGUAACAGCAGCACCAGUCUGGAGAAACCUCCUACAGGAGCCACCACUGUCCCAGAGAGCGUGGAGCCCAGGUGGGAGCGAGAUCCUAAAAGCCUAGUAGCCAGGGAAGAGGCAGGAGCAGGGGCAGAGGAGCAAGCAGAGGUCUCCAGGCGUCUUCCCCAGCCUGGGAUCCCCAGCCCAGGACCAGCAGGGGACGGAAGCCCUCUGAGAGGGGGAGGGAGGGAGGCUCCGGGGUUCGGCGGGACGUUGAAUCACCCCAGUCUUCAGCACACCGGGAGGCUGUCAGGGUGCCGGUCGCUCGACUGCCACCAGCAGGGAGUCAUCACCUGCCAGUGCUGCACUCAGCCGUCACCGGAGAAACCACAGCGGAGCAAGAACAGCACAGCGAGGGAAGCCCCAGACCUCCUUAGGCUGUACGCCAGGGUGAAGAGGACUCUGAAAACCCGGGUGAAGCGAAUGCAGGGGCCAAAGAAUAGCAACGAGGAGGCCCCGCCCUUCGACUACAUUGACCACACCCAGAGAGGCGGGGCCGUGGAGAGCAGCUCCAAUCAGCGCUCUGCACAGAGUAAGAAGGAGCGGCUGUACGCCGUGACCGAAGGAGCGCCCCCUGCUGUUCAGUGAGUAGUUGUGUGGAACCCGAACCCUUUCAGUGCCGUGUCUCUUAUGGCACUACACCACCUUUCUCUGUUCUGCACCGCCCAUGCUGGGGGAAGGUUUCAUUUUAGUUUAAAACCCAGAUGAAAGACUUCUUGCAGACCUCUGUGUACUGAGAUAGACCGAGUAGCAGUCGUUUCCAUGGUGUUGUGUUGCUGCAGCAGGGAGAGGGUGCAGCGGGGCGGGCAGAGAGCCAGUCUGCCACGGGGACCCUAACAGGGAGGCUCCUGAGGGCCAACGCAGACUCCAGCUGGCUGAUCAUGCUGAGCCUGCUCUCGCGGAGGUAAGGAGCCAUUCCACUCCAUUUCAACUCCUGCACAGGACUGUGUGUGAGGAAAUCACCCCCUGUACACUACACUGACCCUCCUUGAUCUCAGCUACUGAAGACAUCUCUCUACUUACUUCCACUAAACCUACUGAUCACUAAACACAUUACACCUGCAUUCUGUAGUUACCUCUAGACACCUGCUGGACAAUAAAAGAACUGCAACUGCACUCCAAAUUAGCAAGCUACAGAAUCGACCUACAGAGAACCCUUGACUGAAACGGAGAUGGGAGAUGCAGCUUUGAUCUACCCCAGAAUGGGACCCCACUUCCUGGAUCCUUAUAACCUCCGCUUCCUAGCCCCGUUGCCAGGCAACCCUCGCACGGCUACCGCGUGUCUCUCCGCGUGGGUAAGCUUGAGCGGCCGUGAAGAAUUUGAAUCUCAGUUUGCAGAGUGUCAGGGGAAAGGUAGAGGGCCUGGCUGGAUUCCACCUGGAUCUCCUCCCAGCAGCAGCAGAUUCAGAGUCUCCUGCUGCACACAGCCCUUCACGGUCAGGACCGCUUCGGACACGCCCUCCUUCAUUUCUUAUUGUAAUUCUGUUCAGGGGCACAGUCACAACUGAUUUUUGUCUCUGCAUUUCCAAUUUCUUUCUUUCUUUCUUUCUUUCUUUCUUUCUUUCUUUCUUUCGCUCGCUUGCUAGUCUGUGUCACUGUUUCAUUCUUUACCGCGUUUUGUACCCUGAGGAAUUCAGACUGCAAUACACCCUCUUUUCUAAGUGUGUCAGGAUGCAACUUUGUGUAAUAGUGUGGAAUAGUCUUCCCAUCUCUCUCUCUCUCUCUCUCUCUCUCUCUCUCUCUCUCUGGUCCUGUGCUUUUGCAGUCUUGCAUGCUAAACAUCUAUGGAUCUGUACUGCUGCUGAAUCUCUCUCUCUCUCUCUCUCUCUCUCUCUCUCUCUCUCUCUCUCUCUCUCUCUCUCUCUCAGGAGAGCUAUGAAAGAGCCUCCUUUAACCAAGUAGACCGUUUUUACCCAUUGUGGCUAGGAGAUAUUGAAUUACCCGGCCAUGGGGUUGAUGUGGGAGAAUGGUGCCAUAUAUAUAUAUAUAUAUAUAUACGAGAGGAGAUAGAUAUUACCAUUCAUUUUAGCAGAAUCACAUUAAAUGGUAAUAUUGAGAGACGUCGCAGAUACAACGCUUUUGAAGGGAAUACGUUUCUGCAAUACUUUCCCAUCGCCGCUAAACAAUAAAAAGUACCCAUUUCUGAAGUUACUGUAAUGUAGCCGGUCUACCACAAGGUGGCAAUGUUGUGCUGCUGGUGCUAUUCGGAGAAGCGCAGCAUCACAGCUGCUUUCCAUUCAGAGCCGCUUGUGAACAAGCCCUUGAGUCUGUUUUUCGUUUGUGUAUUUACACAGCAGGUGCUAUGAAACUAAACCAGAGAGCGCGCAACAAGCGCUUGUGCGCUGUGCACUACUACCGUUUGUAGUGCAAGUGUGCAUUUCACCACCCUGCGGAACAUUGCAUUAUGACGACGUCACCCCUUAUACAAAUUAGUGUAACCAAUGUGUUUUGAAUUCACAUUCUUCAUCGAAAAAGGUAACUAAAAAGCCCAAUUAAACAUAACAAAUUUUUU